AACCCUCAGGAACAUCUUUUUGCAAUGCCCAGGGAAUGAAGGUUUCUGCAGUCAUGUUGAUCAAAAGGAUAUUGCUGUACCUUCUCCUGCUAAUGCUGGCUCAGAGCAUCUGUCAAGUUUAUGGAUCUGAUGCCAGAGGUUGUUCACCUGAAAUUCAAGUUCAAAGACGCUCCCAGUACAAAGCUCACGUUGGGGGCUCUUUGUCUAUAGAGUGUCCGGGUCAGUACUGCCAGACAAAGCCACUCAUGCAGUGGUGCAAGAUGGAAGGAGCUACAUGUGUGCAGCUGGAGAAGGGCAGAGCAGGAUGGAAGUCUGACUCUGUGUUCACCCUGGAGAUUUUCCCAGUCCAUCAGAACGACACUGGACGUUUGCGGUGUCAAGCGAAAGUGGGCAACUUGUCCAUUGAGAGCCACGAAAUAAAGAUCAUUGUUGAAGAAAAAUCUGUAAACAUCACAGUUUCACCAGAAAAUACCACCAGCAUCUCAGAAGAGUCUCAACAAUCUGGAAACUACAACAUAUUGCACAUUAUUUAUGUCUCAGCACCCGUGGGUCUAUGUUGUCUGUUCAUCAUUGGAUGCAUGUUUUGGUGUCUAAAGAGGUGCCACACAAAGCAAAAGAGAACUCCACUAACACAACAGAGACAAGAGAGCCUGGUCAGGAGUCCAGCAGCUGCUCCACCCCCUGGUGCUGGAACAACUCAAGCUUCAGAAGAAAGCCCCUCACUUUACUGUUCCAUGGUCAGCCCACUACAGGCCUGGAAGGACAACACAAUUUAUGACAACGCUGUCCCUCCCUGGAACGCUCAGAGGAGAGCCCUUCAUUCACCCUGCAUCACUCCUGGUAUUCCUUUCAUCCCAGUUUUACCUGAAAGCCCAGAUGUCAUCACAUACGCUGCACUAAACCAUUCUGCUUCUGCAGAAAGAUGCCAGAGAAGGGAACAAACCACAGUAAAUGAAGUUACAGAAUAUGCCUCCAUUAAUGUGCAUCGAUAAACAUGGCCAGGACUCCUCCAGACAACUACUUUGCAGUCUCAGUUCCAGCAUCCCUCCAGGAUGUUCAUUUCUCUUUUGGGAAAGCUUCCUUUUAUUAAGAAGGACCAGUGGAUGCUCUGCUGUGACACCAGAAUUCAAAGCACAGCCCAUGUCAAUGGGUGGGUAUUUGCACUGUGUGUUUGUCUCUUAAAUAUUGGAAUAAAAUUAGUCAGCUUUUUU